CCGCGCGCAGCGCUCGGGCUGGAGCGCCUGAAGCCGCGACCGCCGCCUCAGCCGCCUCAGCUGCGGUCGCCACCGCUUCGGCCGACUUAGGCUCCGCCGCUGCCUCCUCACCCGCCUCGCCCCGACCCCGCCCGGGCCUCCCGGCCUCUCCCCGCCGGCCCGCGGGCUCGCCGUCCCGCGCAGGGCAGCACAUUGGAGAUAUAUUUCCACAGCAUCUGGCUUUUCUUGUUCCUGUUCUGAAGUAAAUGUAACUGCUAUCCUCUGGAGGACUGUCUACGAGAGAGAAGCUCCCCACGUGGUUCCGUAGACAGAGCCACACUCUGUUGGAUGUUGAUCCCAGCUCACCGCAGCCUUGAACUCCUGGGCUCAAGCGAUCCUUCCACCUCAGUCUCCCACGUAGCUGGGACUACAGGUAAAUACCUAGGAGUGGGCUUUUCUAGAUCACAUGGUCAGUAGGCUCCACGACAAAAGUCAACCCUUCUGUAAAUCACCUGCUGUGGUUAUGAUGCUCUGAGUUCAAUACGUCUGAACCUUUGCUGUCUAUGGAUCUGCUCUAAACCUUAUAGCCUGCUUAUGGGGGAAGGUGACGCCUUCUGGGCCCCAUCUGUCCUUCCUCACAGCACCCUCAGCGCCUUAAGCCACCACCCUCAGCCACAAUUUGGCAGAAGGAUGGAGUCCAAGGUCUCAGAAGGUGGCCUGAACGUGACCCUCACCAUCCGCCUGCUGAUGCAUGGAAAGGAAGUUGGAAGCAUCAUCGGGAAGAAAGGAGAAACUGUGAAGAAGAUGCGUGAGGAGAGUGGUGCAAGGAUCAACAUCUCAGAGGGAAACUGCCCAGAGAGGAUUGUGACCAUCACAGGCCCCACAGACGCCAUCUUCAAGGCCUUUGCCAUGAUCGCAUACAAGUUUGAGGAGGAUAUCAUCAACUCCAUGAGCAACAGCCCUGCCACCAGCAAGCCCCCAGUGACGCUGAGGCUGGUGGUGCCUGCCAGCCAGUGCGGGUCCCUGAUCGGCAAAGGAGGCUCCAAGAUCAAGGAGAUCAGGGAGUCCACAGGUGCCCAGGUGCAGGUGGCUGGGGACAUGCUGCCCAACUCCACGGAGCGAGCGGUGACCAUCUCGGGGACCCCAGAUGCCAUCAUCCAGUGCGUCAAGCAGAUCUGUGUGGUCAUGCUGGAGUCCCCACCGAAAGGUGCCACCAUUCCCUACCGCCCAAAGCCCGCCUCCACCCCUGUCAUUUUUGCAGGUGGUCAGGCCUACACAAUCCAGGGACAGUAUGCCAUCCCUCACCCGGAUUUGACCAAGCUCCACCAGUUGGCCAUGCAGCAAACCCCCUUUCCUCCCCUCGGACAGACCAACCCCGCUUUCCCCGGAGAAAAGCUGCCUUUACACUCCUCCGAAGAAGCUCAAAAUCUGAUGGGCCAGUCAUCAGGACUACAAGCAAACCCUUAAGGAGGAAGAUCAGUCUGUGCUGGAUUUGCCUGCACCCCUCCCGACUUGCAUUAAAAUGUUCAUUCCUCAGAUACUGUGGGGUAGCACAUAGAUUUGUAGAUUCAGUGGCCAAGGCCAUGAAACAGACACAAUUGUUUGCCUGGGGCUUAGCGGGUUCCUAGGUGCCCGUGAAGAAGAUGCCACACACGCACCACACCUUGUGGCUCCAUGUGCACAUGGCCGGUGCCACAGUGGCUUCCUGGUGGCCAGGCAGGUGUCCUGUAAUGACCCUCCCCUCACCAAGGCCCUGGGGACUGCAGUGCACACACAUGCCAGCCACAACAGGGUUAAAUUGGGUGGGCAGCGAUGGGAGGUGUUUGUGGCCUCUUUGAAUGCUGCGGCCAGGAGACUUCCAGCGUGGGCUUGGACUGCAGGUUGGGGCAGCCUCCUUUACCCCUGGUACCUGGAAUGUCGUCAUCUUCAUAAGAAACAGACUCACCUGGGCCAUGCUGUCCUGAGAUGAGUGAACACGUUGGCCAUGCUGUCGUGAGAUGAACAAACACCUGGGCCAUGCCGUCCUGAGAUGAACAAACACCUGGGCCAUGCUGUCCUGAGAUGAGUGAACACAUCAGCCAUGCCGUCCUGAGAUGAACAAACACGUCGGCCAUGCUGUCCUGAAAUGAAUGAACACAUCGGCCGUGCCAUCCUGAAAUGAAUGAACACAUCAGCCAUGCUGUCCUGAGAUGAAUGAACACAACGGUCAUGCUGUCCUGAGAUGAAUGAACACCUGGGCCAUGCUGUCCUGAGAUGAACUAACACGUCGGCCGUGCCAUCCUGAGAUGAAUGAACACCUGGGCCAUGCCAUCCUGAGAUGAACGAACAUGUCAGCCAUGCCGUCCUGAGAUGAACGAACACCCGGGCCAUGCUGUCCUGAGAUGAACGAACACCUGGGCCAUGCUGUCCCGAGAUGAAUGAACAUGUCGGCCCUGCCGUCCUGAGAUGAAUGAACACAAUGGUCAUGCUAUCCUGAGAUGAAUGAGCACCUGGGCCAUGCCAUCCUGAAAUGAAUGAAGACAUCGGCCAUGCUGUCCUGAGGUGAAUGAACACAUCAGCCAUGCCGUCCUGAGAUGAAUGAACACAUCGGCCAUGCUGUCCUGAGAACGAACACGUCGGCCGUGCCAUCCUGAGAUGAAUGAACACAACGGUCAUGCUGUCCUGAGAUGAACAAACACCUGGGCCAUGCCAUCCUGAAAUGAAUGAACACAUCGGCCAUGCUGUCCUGAGAUGAACGAACACCUGGGCCUUGCCGUCCUGAGAUGGAUGGACACCUGGUCCAUGCCGUCAUGAGAUGAAUAAACACAUCAGCCAUGCUAUCCUGAGAUGAAUGAACACAUCAGCCAUGCUGUCCUGAGAUGAGUGAACACCUGGGCCAUGCUGUCCUGAGAUGAAUGAACACAUCGGCCAUGCCAUCUUGAGAUGAAUGAACACAUCGGCCAUGCCAUCUUGAGAUGAAUGAACACAUCGGCCAUGCCAUCCUGAGAUGAAUGAACACAUUGGCCAUGCUCUCUUGAGAUGAAUGAACACCUGGGCUAUGCUGUCUUGAGAUGAAUGAACACAUCAGCCAUGCUCUCCUGAGAGGGAUGAACACCUGGGCCUUGCCGUCCUGAGAUGAAUGAACACAUUGAUCAUGCUGUCCUGAGAUGAAUGUCCUGGUUAUGCAGACAUUUCUUUAUAUUAUUUGCUUAACUUUAGUGCCCUCCUAGGAAGAUUUCCCAUACUUUCCUCCCUUCAAUCAAAAUAUCCCAAGUUCAACAGGUCUGGCUCACUCCUCUCUAUUCAUCUAAGGUCUACUUUGUUCAGGAAUUUCUGUCUAGGACUCAGGCAGGACCAAGGAAAUCUUUUCAGUGACAUUUUAAAUAUCACUGUUUAUGGAAUGUGUAUAGAUAAUUGAAUAACCAAAUAAGUGUUGUUUUGAAAGUAUCUUUAUUAAAAGAAUAUAAAGAACAGAAA